CCGACUCUAGUAACUUCACGGGGUUAUAAGGAGUACAUCACUAAAUCCAAUAGAAUACAACAAGAAAUUAAGGCGUAGUAAGCAAGCAAAGCAUUUUGUAAACAAGAAAACCAACCAACCAUUUGACUCAACUCAACACAAAGCAAUGGGCGGAUUUCUCUCUUCCUUCUUAGGCGGCGGCGGUCCUUCCGCCGAUUCACAACCAUCUGAAUCUGCCGAUUCAGCCGUUAAGACAUUCCACUCAUCAGCUCGUUGGCAACUUCACUUCAACGAACUCAAAGAUUCUCCUCGGCUUGUUGUGAUUGAUUUCUCUGCUUCUUGGUGUGGACCUUGUAAAAUGAUGGAACCUAUUAUUCACGCCAUGGCUAACGAUUUCACUGAUGUUGAAUUCAUCAAGAUCGACGUUGACGAAUUAUCUGAUGUGGCGCAGGAGUUUAAGGUGCAGGCUAUGCCAACGUUUGUGUUGUUGAAGAAAGGGAAAGAGGUUGAUAAGGUUGUUGGAGCAAAGAAAGAUGAACUUCAAAACAAGAUUAAAAAGCACAGAGCUUAAUUAGUUAUGUAUUUGUCUCUCUUUUCUUUUAUUUUUUUUAAGGAUAAAAAAGACUAUGAUCUUAUUAUCAUCAUGAUGUUGAAUUUGUUGGGUUGCUUCACCCAAAUGAUGUUUAUUUCAUAGUUUAGCAAAAGUGAUUAAUUGCUAUGAAAUGACAUUGUAAAAUAUGAGAAUUUGUGUUGUGAUCUUGUUGUGUAUGUUGAUCUUGUAACUCUCUUUUACAAAUAAUUAUUGCAUUGCAUA